AUGGCUGACGAGAUUCGCGGAAACUCGGUCUAUCAGACUGAGCCGGUUGAGACACCUUCUCCCGUUGAGAAGCCUCAUGCUCCCAUGCAGGAGAAGACUGGCUUGAUGGCCAAGCUGGGACGCAUGAUCAACGGAGAUGUCAGGGAGGAAAUGCCCCCGUACAAGGAUAUCGAGAUCCAUACCUGGAAUGGCCCCGAUGACCCGGAGAACCCUUUCAACUGGGGAAACAAGUACAAAUGGCUGCUGACCAUCACCGUGUGUUUCAUCUCUAUCUUGACCGGUCUCCCGGCAGGAACCUACGGUUCUGGCAAUGACUGGAUGGAGAGCCAAUUCAACGUCCAGAACUCCCCCUUCCCCAACCUCUACUGGGCCACCACCUCGUGGAACAUGGGCGCCGCAUUCUGGCCUCUGAUCUUCGUCCCGCUCACCGAGUCCUCCGGCCGUAUGCCCGGCUACUUCGUCGCGUACAUCAUCCUGGUCAUCUCGCUGUUCCCCUCUGCGUUUGCCAACAACUUCGCCACCCUCGUCGUCACCCGCUUCUUCGGCGGUGGUGCCUCCUCCGUCUCGAUCAACAUCGUCGGUGGCAGUAUCUCCGACAUCUGGCUCGGCGAACAUGCUCGCAGUCUACCAAUGUCCAUCUUCGGUUUCACCAGUGUUGCCGGUAUCGCACUGGGUCCCUUCAUCGGUUCCGCAAUCGUUCAGAUCCCGCGUACGGAGCCCUGGCGCUGGAUCUUCUACGUACAGAUCAUCUACAAUGCCGCCCUGAUCCCCGUAUUCUGGUUCAUCCUCCGCGAAACCAGACCAGACGUCAUCCUCAAGACUCGUGCCCGCAAGAUUAGAAAGGAAACAGGUCGUCCUAUCUACGCCGCUGCCGAGAUCGACGCCCCAAGCAAACUGCGUCUGCUUCAGAUCUCUUUCUCCCGUCCCACAAACAUGCUGAUGACUGAGCCCGUCGUCAUCUUCUUCACUCUCUGGAUCAGUUUCGCCUGGGGAAUCCUCUACCUCUUCUUCUCUAGCGUUGUCCAAACCUACUCCACAAACUAUAACUGGUCUACCCUGGCAACCGGUCUCGUCCAGCUGGCUAUCACAGUCGGUGCAAUCAUCGGAACAAUCAUCAACCCCCUCCAGGACUGGUUCUACUUCCGCUCCUCGGGCCGCAAUACCGAGAAGCCAGGCAAGCCCAUCCCCGAAGCAAGACUCUACACUGCUAUUCCGGGUAGUCUGCUCUUCGCAGCGAGUCUGUUCUGGUACGGAUGGUCCAGCAAGCCGGAUGUGCACUGGAUCGUGCCUACGAUCGGUAUCACCUGUGCCGGCCUGGGUAUUUACUCCAUCUACAUGGCUGUUGUGAACUACCUGACUGAUGCGUAUGAGCGAUAUGCCGCAUCUGCGCUCUCGGCUGCUUCGCUGGGUCGUAACUCUUUCGGUGCUUUCUUGCCGCUUGCUUCGCCGCAGUUGUUCAGUAAUCUUGGCUUCGGGUGGGCUGGCUCAUUGCUUGGGUUCAUUGCUAUUGCGUUGUCGGUUGUGCCUGUUGUGCUGGUGCUUAAGGGACCGCAGAUUCGGGCUCGCAGUACCUUUAUGAGAGAGGCGAUGUGGGAGCCUGAGGAGAAGGUUGAGGUUGAUUCGUCUGGAAAGGCUGAUUUGGGUCCUACCUCCGAGGGUAUCGCAUAA